CUCUCCCUCUCUCCUUCUCUCCUCCCAAAUCCCUACUUCUUUUCCCCUUCCCCCGUCCAGCGCCCCAGCCCCCGAAUCUCUCCCUCUGCGUUCACUCCUCUCCGUCGCCGCAAUCCCUUGCCUUCGCCGCUCAUCACGGCAGUAAGUUUACGUUCGUCUCUCUCUCUCUCUCUCUCUCCGUCGACUCUCCCCAUCUCAGGGUUGUUCUCUGCUCCACUGCGCCGCGCCGCGCCACGCCGCGACCAAUUGAAUUCCGCAUGUAAGCUUGGGCAGCUUAUAUGACAUCCAUGGUCCAGAUUGGAUUCCCCAUGUAAUUCUAAAUUGGAUUUCCUCCUUGCACGUUCCCUCCCACUAGUAGUUCUAAAUUGAAUUUUGCAUGGAUUGAUGGCCACGCUACUUGAUUCUUCCUCUCGGCCCAGCGUGUGAGGGACUGUUUCCUUCUGCAAAACAAUUUUCGGAUCCGAAGCCGUGAGAAGGCUCUAAAUCGACGUAUUUGCUCCAUUUUGUGUUGGAUCUCUACCUUUGUAUAUACAGUUCCUUUGCUUCAUCCAUCACUUCGGUGAGUUCUUUUUUUCCCUCCUUUAGAAGGGUAUAUGUUUUAUUUGGUUGAAUUUAGGAGAAGAAAAAACUUGAGAUCUUUAAACCUCUUUUUAUUAUUUUUAUUUUUUCCCGGAAGUUUCUUUUUAUUUCUUAUUUUAAGUGAAAAACCAUUGUUUGUGAAUAAUUUACUGUAUGUAGCUGAGAAAACUUAUGAGAGAUAGAAUCCAAAAGGUUUUGUUUUUCUUGACCUAGUGGAUGAUAUUUGAAAUUGGUUUUAGAAAAUUGAUGAACUUUUUGUUAAUUGCGUCUUUGUCUGCUCCUUUUGGAUCAUUUAAUUGUGGUAUGGCCGUAAUUCGUCUUCUGUUGACCUUAGGCUAAAAAGGUGCUACUAUCUCGAAGUUUUUGUUGGUUCUUGUAACGCCCCAAUGGAAGGCCCAAACCACAUGGCCUAUGUUCCAAAAGGACUAGUCAAUGAUACAAUUGGAGCCCCAUUGGAACCUUAUAAAGAGCAAGAACUUCUCCUUCCCAAGCAAUGUAUGAUCUCAUAUACCACCUAACAUUAUCCGUAUCAUAUGGGGUAUCACAAUCUACUCCCCUAAAAUUCCUGACGUCCUCGUCGGGCCUGUCCAUUAUAGGUGGCACGGCUCAAGUCCCACAUUUCUGGUUGAACCUGGCUCUGAUACCAUUUGUAACGCCCCAAUGGAAGGCCCAAACUACAUGGCCUAUGCUCCAAAAAGACUAAUCAAUGAUACAAUUGGAGCCCCAUUGGAACCUUAUAAAGAGCAAGAACUUCUCCUUCCCAAGCAAUGUGUGAUCUCAUAUACCACCUACCAUUAUCCGUAUCAUAUGGGGUAUCAUAGUUCUAGUCUGCUUUGCUAAGUGGUCUUAUUUCAUUUGAAUGAUUUGCUUAUAUUUGGUUUCCUUUGCCCCUUGUAGCACGAGUUAUCCUCCUAUUUUUCUUGUCAUUUGCAACCUAAUAGGGCAGAUGGAUCUUGAGACGGAGAACAGAAUAGCUGCAAUGCUUAUGAAAGAAGCAGCAGAUUUGCGGCGACAAGCAGAGAAGGAAGGUGUGCAUGCCUAUCUUAAACAACCCAAUUCACGGUUUCGGCCCAAUUCACGGUUUCUAACUGCAACCGUUCUUGGAGUACAACAAGCAAAUCGAGCUGUGGAAGUGAAUGAGAUGUGGCGAGCCCGACAAAAAGAGCUAGAGCUGGAUGAUAGAUGUAAAGGCAAAUUUAGAAAUGGAAGCAGUGAUAGCAGCAGCAGCCAUAUUGACAAUUACGGUGUAAACAAAAGCAAGAGAACUCUUGUAAAUGUUAACAAUACAAGUGCUUCAUGUUCAUCAAGUGAAAGAGUAUAUGAGAGUGGCUCUUCAAGGGAAGAUGAAGAACUGGAGGAGUUUCUACACUCAAGGGCCAAACGUGGCAGAGGUGGUGUUGGCCCAAGGAUGGAUGAAACGGGUCCGUACCUUCCACCUUCUUCGGACUUAAUAGAAGAUCGGUCAACAAACCCUGAUGUAUGGAGACGCCAUGUUGUCUAUGGUCCUGAGAAACCUUGGUCACUGAAGUCACGUGAUUCUUCAGAAGAGGAGACUAACGAGGAAAAGCGGAAGAAGUCAAAAAAGCUUCAUUCAGGGAGCACCGAAAAACAACACUCAAGGAAGCACAGAUCCAAAGAUAAUUCUAAGGAUAAGAAAAAGAAGAGAAAGGAGGAGAAAAGAAAUAAACAUCGCAAGUAAUGGUUGUUUUCUAAAUUUGCUGGUUUCCCACAAAGGUGACAAGUCAUUGUACGUCAAUAUGAAUGAAAAAUCCUUAUUUACGGGCAUAUAAAAGUUUUGAAUAUUAGGCUUCCCUCUCA